AUGGCUAUCACACGAUACAACCAGCACCCAGAUAUUUUUCUCACCAUGACUGCAAAUCCCAAUUGGCCAGAAAUUACUUCAGCAUUAUUACCACACCAAAAAGCUACUGAUUGUCCGGAUUUGAUUGCCCGUGUUUUUGAGCUAAAAAGAAAGUGUUUGAUGAAGGAGAUAGAGACAAACAAAAUGUUCGGUAAUAAAGUUGCACAUGUUUUUACAAUUGAAUUCCAAAAACGAGGCCUACCACAUAUGCAUGCGCUUCUCUUUCUUAAAGGUCCAGACAAAAUUCGAACAUGUGCUCAAGUAGACAAAUUAGUUUGUGCAGAAUUUCCAGAUCCAAAAGAUGAUUCUACACUUUUUGAAACUGUCAAGUGUUGCAUGGUACAUAGACCACGUGGUGCUCGAAAUCCCCAAGUACUAUGUAUGGAAAAUGGUAGAUGUACUAAGAAAUACCCUCGCGCCUUUGAAGAAUCAACAACUAUGGACCAAGAUGGAUAUUCAAUCUAUCGUCGUCGCAAUAGUGGUCAAGUAUAUACUGUGAGAGGACAGGAAGUUGAUAACAGGGAUGUGGUACCAUACAAUGCAUAUCUUUCUAAACGGUUCAACUGUCAUAUAAAUGUAGAAGUUUGUGCUAGAGUGAGAUGUUUUAAGUAUAUACAUAAGUAUAUUUACAAGGGCUAUGAUCGCACAACAAUGGUUUUGGGAUUGAUUAAUGAGAUCCAACAAUAUCUUGAUGCGAGGUAUAUUGGACAACCAGAAGCUGCUUGGAGAAUAUUCGGUCAUCAUUUGCAUGCAAAGAUGCCAACAGUUGUUCGCUUGGCACUUCAUCUACCUGGAAUGCAUCGUGUUUUUUUCAAUCCUAAUGACUCAUUGGAAAUGAUUCUUUCUAGAGCUAUGCAACAAAAAUCGACUCUUACUGUUAACAAUGUUUUCCAUGAGACAUUUAAAUCAACACUUGUUGCAAGAGGACUCUUAAAAGAUGAUGAAGAAUGGAUACAAUGCCUGAAAGAGGCUACAGUUAUGAAAAUCGGAUAUCAAUUGAGGAGAUUGUUUUGUGUUAUUCUGACCCAAUGUUUUCCACUACAACCACAUGCGUUAUGGAAUCAAUUUUCAAUGCAUAUCUGUGAUGAUCUUGCACAUAAACUUCAUACAUUGUUUGCCAUUUCUAACCCAACUAAGGCUCAAAUUGAAGAUUAUGGUUUGUAUCUUUUGAAUCAAAUGCUUCAAGAAUCAGGAAAGAGUUUAAUUGACUUCCCGCCCAUGCCACAACCUACAGCAAAUUGGAGUGCAACAGUUGGUAACCGAUUGAUAUUCGAACAUCAACAACUACAUAAUGAGGCACAACAGACAGAUGUGCAAAUUACUAUUGAUCACCUCAAUAAUGGACAACGAACUGUUUAUAACGCAAUUACUUCUUCAGUCUUUGAAAGUAAAGGGACUAUUUUCUUUUUGAAUGGCGGUGCCGAAACGGGGAAAACAUUUUUGUACAAUACAAUUGCAUUAAAAUGUCACAGCCUUGGCCAUAUUGUUGUUACCGUGGCUUCAUCUGGAAUUACAUCAUUGCUAUUAGUAAGAGGUCGCACUGCACAUUCAACAUUUUUUAUUCCAUUGGAUGUCUUGGAAAAUUCAGUUUGUGGGUUUAGCAAGCAAUCAUUACAGGCUGAAUUGUUUAGAGAAACAAAACUUAUAAUUUGGGAUAAAGUUCCUAUGCAACAUAGACAUUGUGUUGAGGCGGUUGAUCGCACACUUCGAGAUAUUUUUAUAAUCAAAGGAGUUCGUGAGCAAAUUGUGAAUGCAUCAUUGAGACAGUCUGUUUUGUGGAACGAUCUACAUGUUUUAUCUUUAGAUUUGAAUAUGCGCUUGAAUCAUGCAAACCUUGGAAAUGCUAUUUUUGCAAAAUUCUUGACGGAGGUUGGAACCAAUCCGCAAGAAAUCAUUAAAAUUCCAUCAACAAUACACAAAUGCCAAGAUCUAAAGGAAUUACUCUCAGCAGUUUAUCUACAAUUGGAUGUGGCAAAUACAUCAACCCCAUCAUUCUUAACGAAACGUACAAUUCUUUCUACACGAAAUGAUGAUGUCAGUGUUAUCAAUAUUGCUGCGUUGAAUAUUUUUCCAGGGAAUACAUAUACGUAUCUUGCUGCAGAUAAGAUGGCUGAAGAUGAUGAAACUGAUCCUUCUAUUACAAACAGAUAUCCUGAUGAGUUUUUAAAUUCAUUGGAUCCUCCUGGGCUACCUGCUUUUAAGGUAGAGUUGAAAGUGGGUUGUCCUAUAAUGUUAUUAAGAAACAUUGCACCAAAAGAUGAACUAUGUAAUAGCACAAGAUUGACGGUAUCAAGGUGCGACACUCGCAUAAUUGAAGCUCGAAUCUUAACUGGAAAGAAGUUUGGCAAUUUGGCAUUUAUACCAAGGAUAUCAUUGACUCCGUCUUCUGCAGAAAUGCCUUUCCGAAUGACAAGACGUCAAUUUCCAGUUCCAUUGGCAUACGCUUUGACCAUUAACAAAUCUCAAGGACAAUCUGUGAAAUUUGUUGGGAUUGAUUUGUGUACACCUGUUUUUAGUGAUGGGCAACUAUACGUGGCAUUAUCCAGAUGCACAUCUUUCGAUCGUAUAAGUAUCCUUCUCCCCAAUGAUGAGCUAGAUUCCACUACAAAUAUUGUUUACCCUGAAGUUUUGUUAUGA